GGCGGUCACUACGAGGCGGCGGAAGCGGCCGCAGGCAUGGCGGCGGCUAUGCCGCUCGCUGUGCUUGUGCUGCUGCUCCUGGGGCUAGGUGGCUGGGGCUUGGCAGAGCCCCCACGCGACAGCCUGCGGGAGGAGCUCGUCAUCACCCCCCUGCCUUCCGGGGACGUGGCCGCCACAUUCCAGUUCCGGACGCGCUGGGAUUCCGAGCUACAGCGGGAAGGAGUAUCUCAUUACAGGCUGUUUCCCAAAGCCCUGGGGCAACUGAUCUCCAAGUACUCCCUAAGGGAGCUGCACCUGUCAUUCACGCAAGGCUUUUGGAGGACCCGGUACUGGGGGCCCCCCUUCCUGCAGGCACCAUCAGGUGCAGAACUCUGGGUCUGGUUCCAAGACACCGUUGCUGAUGGCUUAGCAGCCAGCUGGGGACUUCGAGGCGGGGAGCAGAGGCAGCCCCAGAACAGCGAGUGGGUUUGUGUCUCCCUCAGCGUGGAUAAGUCCUGGAAAGAGCUCAGUAAUGUUCUCUCGGGGAUCUUCUGUGCCUCUCUCAACUUCAUCGACUCCACCAACACAGUCACUCCCACGGCCUCCUUCAAGCCCCUGGGGCUGGCCAAUGACACUGACCACUACUUCCUGCGCUACGCCGUGCUGCCGCGGGAGGUGGUCUGCACCGAGAACCUCACCCCGUGGAAGAAGCUCUUGCCUUGUAGUUCCAAGGCUGGCCUCUCUGUGCUGCUGAAGGCAGACCGCUUGUUCCACACCAGCUACCACUCGCAGGCAGUGCACAUCCGUCCUGUUUGCAGAAAUGCACGCUGCACCAGCGUCUCCUGGGAGCUGAGACAGACCCUUUCCGUUGUGUUUGAUGCCUUCAUCACCGGGCAGGGCAAGAAAGACUGGUCCCUCUUCCGGAUGUUCUCCCGAACCCUCACAGAGCCCUGCCCUCUGGCUUCGGAGAGCCGAGUCUACGUGGAUAUCACAAACUACAGCCAGGACAAUGAGACACUGGAGGUGAGCCCACCCCCUACCACCACGUACCAGGACGUCAUUCUGGGUACCCGGAAGACCUACGCCGUCUACGACUUGCUUGACACGGCCAUGGUCAACAAUUCUCGCAACCUCAAUCUCCAGUUCAAGUGGAAGAAACCCCCAGAGAAUGAGGCCCCACCGGUGCCCUUCCUGCACGCGCAGCGGUAUGUGAGCGGCUACGGGCUGCAGAAGGGUGAGCUGAGCACGCUGCUGCACAACACCCACCCGUACCGGGCCUUCCCGGUGCUGCUGCUGGACGUGGUGCCCUGGUACCUGCGGCUGUAUGUGCACACCCUCACCAUCACCUCCAGGGGCAAGGAGAACAAACCAAGUUACAUCCACUACCAGCCUGCCCAGGACCGGCUUCAGCCCCACCUCCUGGAGAUGCUGAUCCAGCUGCCAGCCAACUCCGUCACCAAGGUCUCCAUCCAGUUUGAGCAGGCGCUGCUCAAGUGGACAGAGUAUACUCCGGACCCCAACCAUGGCUUCUACGUCAGCCCAUCUGUCCUUAGCGCCCUUGUGCCCAGUGUGGUGGCAGCCAAACCAGUGGACUGGGAAGAGAGCCCCCUCUUCAACACCGUGUUCCCGGUUUCUGAUGGCUCUGGCUACUUCGUGCGGCUGUACACGGAGCCGCUGCUGGUGAGCCUGCCGACGCCGGACUUCAGCAUGCCAUACAAUGUGAUCUGCCUCACGUGCACAGUGGUGGCUGUGUGCUAUGGCUCCUUCUACAACCUACUCACCAGGACCUUCCACAUCGAGGAGCCCAGCACUGGCGGCCUGGCCAAGCGGCUGGCGAACCUCAUCCGGCGUGUCCGAGGAGUCCCUCCGCUCUGACACUUGCCUGCUGUGUUUCUGUCUGGGGAGGGACAGCAGUGGUCCCCAGAGCUGAAUUUAGAACCAGUUGACUCUGGACCAGGGCAGGGCCUAGUGCCAUGCCAUGUGGUACAGUGGCCACGAGCCCAGUGUGGCAUCGAAUUUACAGUUGUUGAAGUAAAAAUCCACGUCCCCUGCUGUGGUAGCCACAUGUCAAGUGCUCAGCAGCCGGAAGUGGCUAAUGGCUGCCGCACCGGAUGGCACAAAACCACCUCCAUCCUCGCAGGGGUCCUGCUAGGCGGCCCUGGCUAGGUAGGAGGCCGCAGGAAGAGUUUGUACCCCUGUGUGGAGGGUGGGUUUACGGUUAUGGAAUAAAAAGUGGCUGCUGCUUUGUUAAAGAACA